AUGGGCAUUUCAAGAGACAGAAGGCACAAGCACCGCAAGACGGGUGGCCGCUUCCCCAUUCAUCAAAAGAAAAGAAAAUAUGAGUUGGGGAGGCCUGCAGCAGUAACUAAACUUGGCUCGAAAAGAGUUCGGCCUGUUCGCUGCAGAGGAGGAAAUAUUAAACAUAGGGCCAUUCGUUUAGACACAGGCAACUACUGCUGGGCAAGCCAGAAAGUUGCAAGAAAGACCCGUAUCCUGAAUGUGGUUUACAACGCCUCUAACAACGAGCUCGUCCGCACAAAUACUCUCGUCAAGAACUCUAUCGUGCAUAUUGAUGCAACUCCAUUCAAAGCCUGGUUUCGCUCGUACUACGGCCUGGAUAUAGGGAAGAAGACUCAAGGAGAAGGAGAGGAGAAGCCACCGUCAAAGCACACUCUGUAUGCUCAAGAACAAAGAAGAAAUAAGGGAACACCUAAGGUUGAUCCUCUUCUAGAAGAACAAUUCAAUACUGGCCGAUUGCUUGCAUGCAUCAGCAGCAGACCCGGCCAAGUUGGGCGUGCGGAUGGUUAUAUCUUGGAGGGGGAGGAAUUGUUGUUCUAUAAGCGCCGUAUGGAUAAGAAGAAGCACAAGUAA